ACUUAAUUUAAAUAAAGAAAAUAAUUAUUUUUGGAUAUCAAUAUGAUUAAAAAAAUAAUUAAUGCGAUAAAACUAGUCCUAGUUAUUCUUCUGGUCUUCUCAUUAAAUGUUAAGAGUUUAGAAUCCAGUGAAGAUUAUUUAAAAAAUGUGAUGGUUGAACUUCAAGGAUUAAAAUCCUCGCCAUCAUUUGUGCAAGUUUAUCCUAAUGUUCAUGAUACACACUAUCUAGCUGGUAAAAGAUUAUCUGGAUCCAAUUCUAUUUCAUCAAUACCAAAUGCUGUACCAGCAGUAAUUUACCACGAAAAUGUUCCAAAAAUUCAAACUAUUAGAUUUACUCCGAAAAAGGUUGAGCCAGUAGAUAUGAUGGAAAGUGCCUCGAGUAAUCAGUACUAUCAGCAAGUUCCACGUCCAAUAAUUGUCCCAGAACCAUCAAAGUUAGACUCUCCAUUGGGUUACACGAAAAAUGAAUUAGCUGCGAUGUAUAAACAAGCUUUGGAAUCUGGAAGUGCUAUUAAUUUAUCUGUAUUAAAAAAUACUCUGGAUUCUGGACAAAUUCCAUCAAUUGUUGAUAAUCAUCUUCAGUUUCCAACCAAUCAACAGGCUGCCUAUGCAUACUACUUUUACCCUCUGAAAACAUUCAUAAAUAAUCUUCAGGAUAAUUAUGGUUAUAAAACGAUUAGUGAUUAUUACCCGCAUCAUUCAUCUUCAGUUUUAGAUUCGCAGAAGCAAAUAGUAAUAAAUCCACUGUUUAUGGCAAUAAGUAGUUUCGUUGGUAUGGCUCUGCUUUUCAUGUUUGGUGUAAUAGUUCUACCUAGAAUCUUUGGAGAAUUUAGAUCUCGACUGGUCCAUGAUGAGCUAAUGGAUUUAACUAAAACUGUGACAGAGGCUAUUGAUAAUUAUAGUCCAACAGUAAGACCAAAGUUAGAACAUGAAGUGGUGGGAAUCAGAACUAGACCAGGACAUCGGUCGAGGAGAAAAAAACCUCAUCGUAGUAGCUAUGUUGUGAAUACUUCAAUGGGAGGAAGUCUAUGA